AUGUGCCGGGAGAGUUGUCUCGGUAAUAGGCAUUAUAAGGCGGUCUGCCGGAGCCCAGUCCGUGGGAGGGGUCUGCCAAACCUUUUCCCUCUAAUUGACCGGGGAGCAGAAGCAGCCGGGGAUGCGAGCAGCCACAGACCGGGAGAGAGAGACGGACGCAUGGGCUUGGCAAAACGGGAAACCCAGCCUCAUGCUCAAAUGGCUGAUCUCGAACUGUUUUACUUUGACCAACCCGAUCCGACGGACACCUCCCUGGUUGUAAAUAAGCGGAGUGUCGGACAGAUCGGCGGCGGUAAGUCUUCUCAUCCCGGCGGAGGAGAGGGUUCAGCACCACGGCCGGAGGAGGAAACGGAAACAUCUUUCACCUGCACACACCGAGGUGGUGAAUAUCAUGAGGAUGAUGAUGUCCAGCUGAUAGGGACAAGUCUACAAACAUGCAGACUGAGUCGGAGCUCCUCAAGUGAACUGUGCGAGGAGGAGGAGGAGGAGGUGGAGGAGGAAGAGGAGGACAUCCCGGAACUUUACUUGCUGUCCGACGACGACCUGUCCUCCGAAGGCUCGGGGAAGUCAGUCGAUUACGGCUUCAUCAUCGCCGUGACAUGCCUGGUGACCGGCAUCUCUUUGGUCGCCAUAUCGUACGCGGUCCCCAGGGACGUGCGGGUGGACCCGGACAGCGUGUCCGCCCGGGAGAUGGAGCGGCUGGAGCGGGAGAAAGCCGGCGUGGGGGCCCAUCUGGACCGGUGCGUCAUAGCGGGACUGUGCCUGCUCACCCUCGGGGGCGUGCUGCUCUCCACCCUGCUCAUGAUCUCCAUGUGGAAAGGGGAGAUGAUGAGGAGGAAGGCUUUCGCUUAUUCCAAACACGCAGCCAAGUUGUACGGGUCGAUCAAUCUGAGAGCCGGCUCCAGCCCGACUCGGGGAUCCUGCUCACAUUUGUCAGCGGCUGAUGAGGAUUUAGAAGUGCUCAGCUGA